AAGAGACGGUGGGGAUGUGUGUGAGUGUGCGGUGAUCGGUGCUGCAGGUACAGUCAGGGCCGGAUACAGGUUUUCUAGCCGCACCGAAACGCGGCAGAACCGCCUGGGAGCCUGUCUCUCUCCUCUUCAUCCCCCCCUAACAACCCUCUGCAAUGUCUGGCGGAGGAGAGGUACGCGUCCUCCGUCAAGAGGCCGGACAAGAGAGCCCGAGGAUGCCGGCCUGGAAGCGAGAGAUCCUGGAGAGGAGGAAAGCGAAGGGCGGUGGGUCUGGUGGAGCCGGUGCCGCGGAGACAAGUCCCAGUGGUGCGGGCCCGCCGCGGGCUAACGGCGAGCUGACGGGAAAUGUGAACGGCAGCAGCAGCGGCGGACCCAAGAGUGACAGCGGAGCGAGCGGCGGGUCCGGGCGGAACUACACCAUCACCACAGCCAGCCAGCACUUCACCAACAACAAAGAGGCACGACCGACGGUCGCGGAGAGGACGGUUUCCAGAGAGGACGGCGGACAAGAGAGCCUGGUGCUACAGGAAAGCCUGGGCCCGCUGGAGGAGAACCCGUUCAUCAAGCUGGAGAAGGAGCGGAGGAGGCGACAGGACCGAGAAAACAGCGCCCGUCCGGUCCAGCACAUCCUGGAGCUGUACGGCAGCGUACCUGGCAUACGGACUAUCCGCGCAGAGAACAUUAUCAUUAUUGAGUCGGAUCCGGAUUACUUUCCGGAAGCUGGAGGGCUAAAACCCGGGUCCAAGUGGCAGCAAAACGGUGUGAGUAGUUAUAGCUCUCUGAACGACCUCCUGGACCGGAGAGGGAGUGCUGUUACUGAGAUAAGAGCCAAGGAAGUGGUCAUUUAUGACACCACGUUAAGCAAGAGUGAGGAGAACUUGAGCACCCUGGGCCGCCCUGAUCAAGACAUCUCAUCAUUUGAGACAGGGGAGGGUCAGGGCAGGGUUAGCCGCAUGCUGCAGAAGUUUGACAGCAACUAUGGGAAGCUGCAGAAGAAGUCCCACAGCACAGAGAACCUGCUGGACCUGGAUUGUAGUGCCAGCAGCAGGCCAAGACUCUGGCCCAAGCCACAGCCAGAUCUGGUGCCAAAGCCCAGGCCAGGCCCGUCAGUCAGCAGCCCGGGCAGCAGCCAGCCAUCGUCGCCUGUCUUCCAGAGCCCCUGGUCUUCCAAACCAAAGCCACAGUCGGCUGCCUCCGAGCUGGGCAGCCCCCAGCGCUCCACAGGGCCCCCUCAGUCUGUGUCUUCCUUCCGUCAGCGGUUUGAGGAGAGCGGAGACCGUGACACGGCUGUCACCCCCAGAGAUGAGCCAGACAGGGGCCAAACCAAGCCCACCAGAGAGAGAGACUGGGAGGGCACCGAGGUGCCACCCAAACCCAAGGUGCCAUGCUCUCCGGAGACCCUUCGUGCCCGUGCCGAGUCCCCCUCAAGCCCCAUCUCGUCCAAGGUGUCGCGCUCCACACCUGACUUUGAGAUCCGACCCUCCUCGAAGCCUGACCUCGCCCGGAUUCCUGAUGGGGACGCCCAGGCCCGAGCCCUCGCGAACCUGCGCCUGCAGUCCCGGAACUCCUUCACGGUGAUCCCCAAGCGCCGUCCUGCUGCCUCAUCUGCAACAGGCAGCCCGACACCGUCCAGCCCCGUCAAGUCUUCCCCUACCCACAGAGUGGCAGAGGUGCCCACGCCAGGAGUGCCAACCACCCACACCCCUACACCCACUGUGACCCCCUCAAAGAGGAAUGAGGAGAAACUGCAGCAGGAGAAGGAGUUCAAGAUAUCCAAGCCUGAACCAGCCCCCUCUGUUGCCACAAGUCCUGCGCCUCCUCUGAACACUUUAUCUCCAUCCCCUGCUCUAACCCCAACUGCCCCGUCUUCACCCCCCUCUUCUCCAGCUGUCCCGUCUUCACCUUCCUUCUCUCGGCUCCCCUCUGACUCUCCUGCUCCGCCUCCCGUCCCUUCUACCCCCUCCCCGGCUCCAGAGCUACCCCCCUCGGAUCAUCUGCCAGUAACAAACAUAGAUGACAUUGAGGUGGAGCCCCCGCAGCGUGUCCCUGCUCCCAGCCCCAUGGUGCAGAGGAGGAAGGGGAACACCUUCACUGUGGUGCCUAAACGUAAGGUGGAGCCGGAGGCCAAACCGAGCUCACCUGAACCCCAACAGGAAGCCGCAAAUGAGGCUCCACCAGGGUCCACGCCCCCACAGGCCCCGUACGCUCAGCUGGGCUCCCUGCUGAAGAAACGCUACCCCGCCGUGGAGGAGAUUGAGGUCAUCGGUGGGUACCUUUCCCUCGCUAAGUCCUGCCUCUCCAAGACGGGCUCCACAGGCAAGAAGCUCAAGAUCUCCUUCAACGAGUCGAGUCUCAAGAGCACGUACGAGUAUCCGUCGGAGAGCAGCGUGUGGGACAGCGGGGAGGAGGACGAGGAGGAGAAGCGAGACGAGAACGUGGCGGACGAACAGCCGAGCAUGGUGGGACGCAUCCACAUCCCUCGGCCCAGUUUCACCAGCUCGCCCACGCACACCGCCAACAGCAACGACCUUUCCAGCUACGUUCCCAAGCACUCGGUGGACUUCAGUGCCUGGCAGGAGCACAAGCAUGAAGACAGUGUUUACCAGGAGGACAGCUCCCAACAGACACAGAUGACAGAGGAAGUAAUGCUCACCCCGGCAGACAGCUCCUCCCUGUCUGACUACAGCAGCGAACCCGCUCUUUACUUCUGAUCAGUCGGACCAAUCAGCUGUACAGUAGCAAUCACACCUGUGGGACCAGACUGCAGCCAGAGCCCAGCGGGGUCUGUCACACCUGGGCCUGAACUGCCUCCAGCUCUACACUCCAGCCGCCUCUAAGCACAGCUUCCUGAUCAGGAAACACAAGGUUUUCUUUCGUUUGGGGGGGGGGGGGUCUGAUUUCCUGCCACGGUACCACUGCACGCCACGUUAUCAACUGCAUAUCACAGCGGAACAACAGUUUUUCGGGCGGCAGUGUUCCUUUCCCACCUUCUUCCUGUCCCGACGCAACCGAUCCGAAAGCAGCUGGACUGUCUUCCCCCCAUGAUCCUGCACAGUUGAUCUGUCAGCCUCCCUCCCUUCCUCAUCCUCACCAACAAAACCCCCGACGGAAUCGAACCCGCCGCUCGCUUGCUUUCACGUCCCUCCUGCGAUCCUCGGCUUCAACGUUUGCCCCAGGGAGAUGCUGACAAGCGAAGGAGCUGAAAGCGAGCGACCGAACUUCAUAAAAGAACAGGAAGCCGCCAGUGCCCAUGUGUAGGUGACGCCACAGUGACGGGGUUCAGUGUUAGCACGGAAAGAUGUCAUCAGGACGUUCUCCAAAAAAAAGGCGGAGGACGCCUGUGUAGACCGCCGGCACACUCAAACACGCAAAAACAAAAAAUGGUGAAAGGGUGCCACAAUUGUAGUUUCUUGUCCUCUUUUGUUUUUGUACCUGCAUGUUUUGAUUCCAGCCAACAGCCUGGUUGGAUCUCUUUUACUGUAAUGCUUCUGUAUGCCUUUUAGUUUUUGUAUCUUUUCUGGCAAACUAUGCUGUAUCGAAGCUGCUGCUGGACAUCUGGUAGAAGAGUCUUUUAACGGCACGCAAACUUCAACACCAACUCCCUUCUUUGUGACGAGGGAGGGGGAAAUAUGCACCCCAGGGAAGAUUCCUGUCAAUCAGCAGCAACUCUGAUUUCUGAUUGAACGCUUGAAAAAGUGACCUUUGGCCAAUAAUGUCUGUAUGUCCGUAUUGCUGGUGACAAACAAAAAUCAUCAUACUGUAGAAUGUUUCUGUAUAUCCUCUAUCAAGGUAUCUGUGUCACGUUUAUCAAAAGCUGUUCCACCUCCUGACAACUUUCUUUCUGGCUUCUUGUGUAUUUAUUCCUGCUUAAAGUUGAAGUUUGCAUGUCUGAGACCUGCUCGUGUACAAAAGACAUUUUUGUAAAGACAAGUUUGGAGUGUGGAAGGAACCGGACCGGUGCGAACAGCCCCGCCGGACGUUUGUUUGUUUGUUUUUCAAGUCGGACCUCAUAUACUUUCACAUUCCACAUAUAAAGAAGCCAGUCCACUGAAGCAAUGAAGGCAACAAGGAUCAUUCAUAAUGUGGCAUUUUGUGAGAGCGAAUGCAAGAUUGUGUGUUUGAAAGAAUGUUUUUUUUUUUUAAUUAAGAGUGUUUUAUAUUCAAGAAUGCACCAAGUUUCCAGAUGAUUUUUUUAAAAACUCAUAAUGCCAACCAAUUAAAGUGUUGCUGUAACGGCCUCACACUCAUUCUUCCCGCGCCCAGGAUCGACCCUUCGGCCAGUAUUGUUGUACAGUUUCCACCAUAUUUUCAUAAGAUGUGUUUCUUCCUCCUGUCAUUUUUUUUAAAUUCUCCGAUCAGAUGAAAUUUGUUCAGUUGGAUUUUGCUGUUAAGAUGAUGAAUUUAGAAAUUCUCUGUUUCGUCUGGAGUCUUGGAUGUUAAAUGUGUUUGCACUGUCAUGCUUUUAGCUUUGUUUUGCACCUCAUGAGAUGGAACAGAGUAGGCGACAGAGGAAAUGUGCUCUUAAAAGAACAACGAGUCUAGUUGGAGAGUUUUGUUUCGAACCAAUAGCCACCAUUGACACCUGCUCUUAUCCAACCACUGAUUGUAUGUCACAUACAGUACAUGAGUAAGACAUUUUUUUUUAGACUGCAGGUAUUGAUUUUUGUGAAUGCCGUUUUGAAAUAGAACUUUCCAACUGUACACGAUGAAUGCACUGCCGAUGAAUGCCAUGUCCACUUUUUUUACUCUGUUUGCCACGACCUUGCGUCAGGAGUCUUAUGAUUGUCGGCCUCGAUGCUGUGACCACAAAGUGUAGAUUUCCACACAGGUCCUGGACUCGAUCGUUGUCCUGAAGUUACUGCCCCAGAAAAACUCUCAAAUCCCUCUGUUUACUUGUCGUUGGCCAGUUGACCUGAUGUGUUGUACAGCAGCUUUUAAGGACCACACCACUGAUUUCACGUGCUUUAGCCUGUUUAGUACAAAUCACAUGUACUUUGCAUUAUGCUAACCACUCUGCUAACUGUGGUUUCGGAGCUUGGAUGUGUUUUUUUUAACCAUUUAAGAUAUCCACUAGUUACCACUAAGUUUCAUAUGGCAAGAAAAUCCAGUGGAAGACUCUUAGUCUUUACAGUAGCUUGAGCUUUGGCUUGUAUGAAACAUCACACUGAACAUCAGGUCCACUUUCCUGUGCAUCAUAAUGCAGCAGGGUUGGGUAUCAAAUGGAAUAACUUUCUACACCACAAUACAGCAGAACAAGAAUUUCCCCACUUCAAACUGAAAAAUGUUGAUUUCAGACAAAUUGUCUAAUCAUAAAAAAUAGGGAAAAACAAUGAAUCUGAGCAAACGCUCUGUACUCUGUGCUAUACAAACUGGUGCUGCAGUUCAGUGUCCAGCCCUCCAAUGUGCAGUGCUGGCUUUUCAAAUGCCAUUACCAGACGUUAUCAUAAUGUAUGGUAACUAUAAUGGACAGACAAAAAUGAAUGCACUUGAUGUUCACUGAUGGAUUACACAAGAAGCAAGUUUCAAGAGUCUACCAGUUAUUAUACCACGAGGAAAUGAAGGAAACCAACUGCUUGAAACGGUUGGAAAAGACAUACUGUCUGGCAUGAAAAUAAAAAUAUGAAGUAGCUAACACUCAGACACAUCGGUGUGGUCCUUUCAAGUUUGAUUUGGCCCAUAGACAGCCUCACUUGGACCUGCUGUGGAGUCGUAGCUAACGGUCUCAUGACACGCCUGUGGAUACAUCUGCGGUAGCUGCUGCCUUCACCAACCAAAACCCCAAAGAGGACGUCUACUCUUUGCGGGAUUCUUUAGCUCUCUGUCUUUCUGUGAACUGAAGGACCAAAAAAAAAAAAAAAAGGCAGGGAAUUGUGGGAAUCUCCAUUGAUCGUCUUGUAUGACACCAGCGAGAACUUCUCUGAUGGCCAUCACUGGGACACAGAGACACACGAUUCGACCUCUGAAGUGUACAUGCGGUCUCUCGCCGCAGUGUUUUCCCAUCUGUGUACUCCUGUUGCAAAGUGAGCAGUUUGUGUUGGUCCCACUGUAGCAACUGUGGUAGAAGCUCCAUCUUGUUCCCCCUUUACUUUUCCCCUCGUCUGUAAAUCUACAUCGCUGCAGAUGUGCUUACUGUAAAGUUAUUGUCAAUGAUUUGGGCAAAUAAAAAAAAAACAAAGUGAUGUCAUACUUGUACAAAUGAAAGCUCAAUAAAUAGAAGAC